GCUGAGCCGAGCAGGCCUCUUCCGUUCGAUGUACAGAGAUUGCCAUUCUUCCGGCGACAGCUGAUUGGUACUGUGGUUGGUGUUGUAGUUGGUGUUGGCGUUGGCGUUGGUGUUGGUGUUGCGGCCCUGCAAUAUCAACUUUCGUCGUCUCGUCUUUCUGUCCCUCGCUCGCUUUGCUCCCGCUGCUGUCACCAUGAACCCCAUCCACUUCCACCUGCUUGGACCGGGUGCUAUUGGUUUGCUGGCCUCGUCGUUCUUGUCAACCACACGAGCUGCCCUUCCUCCUCCAACCAUCCUCUUCCGAUCCCAAGCAGCUUUGGAUCGCUUCGUUGCCGAUGCUUCCUCUAGCUUUCCACUCCCCACCAUUACUGUUCAAACGAACGGAUCGCCCAGAUUUCACUCCCGGGGCCAGCAUCCCUCGCCAGCUUCCUAUCGAUGCAAUCGCUUCCGUACUGCUUCUGCGAGCAAUCUGGAGCCCAAUUACACCAUCUCGCAUCUGAUCGUGACGACCAAAGCGAACCAGACUCUGGAAGCUAUUAAGCCAUACGUGCGAUUUUUGACUCCGUCCUCAGUUAUUGUUUUGUUGCAAAACGGGGUUCUGUCGUCGUAUGCAAGCGUCCGGUCUGUUAUUCCCUCGACACGGAUCAUAUUUGGCUCGACGACCGUUGGUGCCUACCGAACUUCGCCCAGCAGCAUCUUCCUCAGCGGGCCAACAGGACAAACCUUCCUGGGACCGCUUCUCGACUCUCCCUCUGACACCGAGGUCGAUCGUACCCUCGUAGCUCUGCAGGAUCUGUCUGCGUCGCUCUCCGAUGGCCCCCUCGCUGGCGCAUCCCCCAACCUUAAUAUUGAAAUCAAAUCAGCCAGCGAGAUCAACCGCAUCGUGAUUCUGAAGCUCAUCGCCAAUUCCAUCAUCAAUCCCAUCACGUCGCUUGGUCAGUUCCAAAAUGGCGUCUUAUCAAAUGACAGUCCGAAUGCCAGUCGACUUGUUGAGCUGGCCUCCCACGAAUGUGCCAGGCUCUUCGCCGACCGCCUGGGAAUGUCCGAAACUGCGCUCUCUGCGUAUCUCGUCGAUCAUGUUUUUGACAUCACGACCCGGACGGCCGCGAACCGCUCAUCGAUGUUGGAAGAUACCCUUGCGGGGCGCGACACCGAGAUCGACUGUCUGAACGGAUAUCUUGUCGAGGUCGCUCAGCAGCGCCGCAUUUCAGUUCCGGUCCUUGAGUUCCUCUUCCACAUGGUCAAGCUCAAAUCCAACUCCACCCGCCUCGAUCGCGAUUCAUAGUCGUCGUAAAGGGGUUGUCUUUGGCUCUGCUCUCCACGAUAUCGUCCUAUCGGUGGCUGUACAUAUGUACUUUAUCCCCAGGUUUGGACACUGGGUUCUCUCUAUUUCUUUGGAGUUGGCGUGGUCUGAGUCGAUUACGAAUAUACAAGUAUAUGCGAGUCAUUUCUCCCAAGAUAUCAUCAUUUAUAGCGUCCUCAAUUGCCACAGCACAUGCAAAGUUCGGCUGGCGGCCAAUCGAAGUCUCCCAUCCGUGA